AUGCGAGCUAUUAGAGGGGCAUUUACGAACAGUGUUCGCCUUGUUACGCCGAGGGCACAAAUCAAUAUACAGCGCACACAUUUCGUCCGUCUUAAUUCUACAGAGAUAAAACCAAACCCGAGGCCAGUGCGGAAGGAGAAGGAAUUGAACCCUCAACGAGAUUGGGACGCGAAGGUGAUCAAGUACGACGACCUGAAGCCUAAAACAGAGAGUCCAGCACCAAACUCUUGGCUCAUCGAUGUUCGCGAGCCUGACGAAGUUAUGCAAGGCAUGAUUCCUUCUGCAGUCAACAUUCCUCUUACAAUCCUUCCGGAAUCGCUGAACGCGUCUCCGGCAACAUUCCGGGAAAAGUUCGGUUUUGAGAAGCCCGGAAAAGAUCAGGAAGUCACUUUCUACUGUCGGAGUGGAAUGAGAAGUUCGUCAGCGAGCGAUAUUGCAAAGAGAAAUGGAUAUAUCAACGUUCUUAAUUACAAGGGUUCGUGGCUGGACUGGGUGGAAAGAGAAGGGACCGCGAAGGCAUAG